AUGCACCUAGGGAGACCACCAGGGGAAGACACUCAGAAGAAUCUGGGGGAACACAUUGUCCGUCAGUUGUGCAGUGGAUUCAGACACUCAGGUCGCAACAUCACCACUGACAACUUCUUCACCAGUGUGCCUCUUGCGGAGCAUCUCCUGGAGAAGGGUCUGACUAUUGUGGGAACUUUGCGACAGAACAAGCCAGACAUUCCUCCAGUCAUGAAGGCUUCCAGGUCCAGAGAGGUCCACAGCACUGAAUUUGGGUUCAAUGGCAGCAUGACCAUGAUCAGCUAUACGCCACUGGACUUAGGAUCAGUGGAAGAGGAGGAGAAACAGAUAGGUGGUAGAAUACAAGAGCAGGGAGGAGACGCAAUAACCAGAUUUCAUCUGCUCUUCCUCCCCCUCCUCCUCCUCCUGCUCGUCACGGUCUGCACCAUAUUUACGGCAGCAGUGGGCAACCAUACAGGAAGGAUCAAGGUAGUCUUCACACCUACUAUCUGCAAAUUAACCUGCAUUGGAGGCAGAUGUCACAACAACUGUGAGCUGGGAAACACCACCACCAUCAUCAGUGAGAACGGCCAUGCCACAGAUACACUGACAGCACCCAACUUCAGAGUAGUGGUUUGUCAUCUCCCGUGUAUGAACGGCGGCAAGUGCAGCACCAGGGACAAGUGUCAGUGUCCACCCAACUUUACUGGAAAGUUCUGCCAGAUGCCAGUUCAGAGUGGACACCACCAGCAGCAGCAGCAGCAGCAGACGUCCGGCAGCUACAGCCAAACUCAGGUCCACUCCACACACACGCUGCCACUGACCUACAGCAACGGCCAGAGCACUGUAUUCAGCCCCAGCAUCGUCAACAUCCACAUCAAACAUCCUCCAGAAGCCUCUGUCCAGGUCCACCAGGUGUCUCAGCUGGACAACUACCACAACAAUGGUCACCAGUUCAAAGGUUCCCAGUCCGGCUCCUCCUCAUCCACCAGCUACACCUACCACCACACAGACAACAGCCAGAAGAUCCAGCACCACGGGUACAACGUAGUCUACCCAAGCCAGCACGGCUACCAGGUCCCUCAGUUUCAGCCUGUCACCUCCAAGAAUGCUCUGGGUCGCUGCUUUCAGGAGACCGCAGGCAGUCAGUGUGGGAAGGCUCUGCCAGGUCUCACUAAACAGGAACAGUGCUGUGGAACCUUUGGGACAUCCUGGGGUUUCCACAAAUGUCAGAAGUGUCCAAAGAAACCAUGCUACAAGAGAAUCAACAGCUCUCAUUGCCAAGAUUUUGACGAGUGCCAGCUGCAGGGUGUAUGUCCCAAUGGAAACUGUGUGAACACAGUGGGCAGCUACAGGUGCAUGUGUAAAGCCGGCUACAUUCCCGACCCCACGCUCACCAUGUGCAUAUCUGACACGCCUGCCGUCCAAGAGGAGAAGGGGGCUUGCUUCCGUUUGGUCAGCUCAGGGAGACAGUGUUUGCACCCAGUUUCUGCCCAACUGAGCAAACAGCUCUGCUGCUGCAGUGUGGGCAAAGCCUGGGGCCCUCACUGCGACAAAUGCCCCCCUCCAGGCACAGCUAAGUUCAAAGAGAUCUGUCCUGGUGGAAUGGGCUACACUGUUCUACCAAACCCGCCGGUCCAUAAGCCGGUCAUCAUUUACCAGCAGCCCAUUGACCUACUCCCACCUCAGCCCCUGCCCACACCAGAGAGACCAGUGGAGGCUUUUGGGCAACCAGAUGAGAUCAUUCCAGUAGCUACAACUGCACCAGAGCAGGAGCUGAUAGUUCCUGGGUUUAGCGAUAGACCAUUAGUUGAGCCAAUCCUGCCCCAGCUAUCACCGGGUGUGUCCACUGUCAAGAUGGAGGCAGCGUUCCCAGAGGUUGUAGAGAAAACCUCUCCACCUGCACCAGUGGAGAUCCUCCCAUCAAAUGCAGGCCAGGACAUCGCCCCCUCACAGUCAUCUGAGGUGGAUGAGUGUCAGAUCCACCGUUACAUCUGUGGUCAGGGGAUUUGUUACAACACCAUUGAUGGCUACACCUGCCACUGCAAUGAGGGAUACCGUCUGGAUGAUGCCCACAACACCUGUGUAGAUGUUGACGAGUGUUCGGACAGCCCGUCUCUGUGUGUUGGUGGUCACUGCAGGAACACAGAGGGCAGUUUCCUGUGCGUGUGUCCGAGGGGAUUUCUUGUUGACGAAGAGGGAACCAGUUGUGUUGAUAUUGAUGAAUGUGUGAACAGAACUGUGUGCCCGUCUGGCAUCUGCAUCAACGUGCCAGGGAGUUUCAACUGUGGCUCCUGUCCUCAUGGCUUCCUCGCACAUGGAGGCCAGUGUGUAGAUAUCGAUGAGUGUCAGGAUCAGCGUGUGUGCACCAGAGGUCACUGCCGGAACACGGACGGCUCCUUCAUCUGUGAGUGUGGGCCGGGCUUCAGAGUAUCAGCAGCUGGAGACCAGUGUGAUGAUGUGGACGAGUGUGUGGAGGAAGCGACGCCCUGUGACGAUGUAGGAGAGUGUGUGAACAGCCUGGGCUCCUACACGUGUACCUGCCCGCAGGGAUACCAGCAGGUCAACAGCACCACCUGCAGAGAUGUUAAUGAGUGUAUGGACGAGCCAGAGCUCUGUUCCCCCAAUGGAGAAUGUCUCAACACAGAAGGAUCCUUCCUGUGUGUGUGUGAUAGUGGCUUCACUGUCAGCCUGGUCACACCCUCCUGUGAUGACAUUGACGAGUGCGACCUCAAUGAGACCAUCUGUGGCCCUCAUGGCUUCUGUGAGAACAGACUGGGCUCGUUCCAAUGCCUCUGUGACCAGGGCUACCAGGAGACACCGGAUGGCAAAGGCUGUGUGGAUGUGAACGAGUGUGAACUGCUGAGCAGUGUGUGUGGAGAAGCUCAGUGCGUGAACAUGGACGGCUCCUUCCUCUGCAUGUGUCCCAGUGGCCAGGACUACAACGUCAUGAUCGCCAAGUGUGAGCCUGUUCCCACAGUGUCGUCAGUGGAGCGUAAGGAAUGUUAUUUUCACCUGAACGACGAGAACCUCUGUGACAGCGUGCUGACCAGCCACGUCACUCUGCAGGAGUGCUGCUGCACGCUGGGAGCCGGCUGGGGUGAUAACUGUGAGGUACAUCCUUGUCCUGUUAACGGCACAGACCAGUUUAAUCAGAUGUGUCCAUCUGGAAGAGGUUUUAUCCCCGGUGGAGACGAACCCACUGCCGGCAACUACAAAGAUGCAGAUGAAUGCACUCUGUUUGGUCAGGAGGUUUGUAAAGGAGGCUUCUGCCUCGACACUGUGGGCAGUUACGAGUGUUACUGCAAGACCGGGCAGGACUACGACCCCGCCAAACUGGAGUGCAGAGACAUCAACGAGUGUCUGGAUGAGUCCGUGUGUGUCGGCGGUCAGUGUCUGAACACAGACGGCUCAUACAUGUGUUUCUGUACACAUCCCAUGGUGUUGGACCCCAACAGUAACCACUGUGUCUUCAUUCCUGAUGUAGCCGAGCAACAUGAGACGGAGCAGGUGGACUAUCAGGGCAUCUGCUGGAAGACAGUCACAGAAGCCAUGACGUGCACACUGCCGCUGGGCCUCAACAGGAAGACCACGUACACAGAGUGCUGCUGUCUUUUCGGAGAGGCCUGGGGCAUGGACUGUGCUCUGUGUCCACCGAAAAACACAGAGGAUUAUGCAUCCAUGUGUAACCUCCCUCUGGGUGGCGGACGGCGACCAUAUGGCCGUGAUGCCCUCAUUGCAGGCCCUGACCAUGAAUAUGAAGUGAGCCCAGACUACUCUCAAUCCUCUGAACAGCAGGAAGCUCUGCCCUUCUAUGACGCCCAGGAGCAUCAGUACAAGCCGUUUGAGGGUCUGCGGGCGGAGGAGUGCGGGAUUCUCAACGGCUGUGAGAACGGUCGCUGUGUCCGCGUUCAGGAGGGUUACACCUGCGACUGCUUCGACGGAUACACCCUGGACUUGUCCCGCAUGGCCUGCAUCGACGUGAACGAGUGUUCGGAACUGAACAAGCAGAUGUCGCUGUGUAAAAACGCAAAGUGCAUCAACACAGUGGGGUCGUACCGGUGUGUCUGUCUGCCGGGCUUCAGCGCCUCCGACAAACCCAACUACUGUGUGGAGGCUGCAACACGCCGCACAUCAACACACACUCAGUGAACAUGGACAAGACCACACGCACAGAGCUCGUAUUACUAUACUUGUGAGGACGUCCACUCACUACAUUCAGCCAAAGAUUAGCUCCAGUGUCCAUUAGCACUUCCUGUUUCAUCAUCAUCAUCAUCAGCAGCAGCAGCAGCAGUGACCUGAAGGUGUCACAAAAUAAGGGGAUUGUACCCAAGUACAGCACACAUCAUCAUGUUUAAAUCAUUAUUAAAAGAUAGAGGAACAUUAAAGGUCCAGAGUGUAAAAAUGUCACUGUCACUCCUCUGUGUGUGAGGGAACUGUAACGUACACCACCUCUGCCAUUUCCUCGUCCUCCUACGUCAGUCUACACGUCAGGUUUGAGUAGCUGGAGCCGCUCGUCUUCAUUUACAUCAUAAGCUUCCGUUUCAACACAUGAAAACACAGACUACUGUAGAAACACGGAGGAAGGACCUUGCCUAAAUUACAAAUAAUUGAAUUGAAUUGAACUAAAAGACUUAUUCUAAGGCUACAAAAACAAACCGUUUUUAUUUUAAAGCUAUCAAACAUUUACACAAACACACUUAAUGUUACACACCUGCUAAAUGUUACACACUGGACCUUUAAUUUGAAUCAAAUCCAAAGUAAGUUGGACAAUAAAAUGGAGUGGAUAAUAAUCCUCACAUCUGCUUUUAACUCCUGUUCUGCUGCCUGUGUAAUGAACACACUGCUUCUAUUUGAUGAUGAGCCAUUUUAAUAUUACGCUCAUCAUGAUCACAUAUUUGAAACUAUUCUAAAAGCUCAGGCGUAGCUUUAAAGAAGUGCCCCAAGAACCAAGAAGAGACAGUUUGACUUUCAUUGAAACAGAUUAAAGCCUAAAGCUGAAUUCAAUCUGAUAUUUUAAGGAAAUGUUUGCCACAUUCAUUGUUAAGUUUUUAUAAACCACUCACUUCCCACACCAAAGUCCACAGAGAAAAUCCUCAUUUCAAAUCCUGACACACAUGAGUUUUUGAUCCACUGCUGUUUCCACCCGGUGACACAGAUGUACGACACGAUGCAGCAGUCGAGUGGCAGCUCUCAUUUCCCAGAAAGCCAAAAAUAGAGAUUAUCUUGCGUGGACUUUGGUGCAGGAAUACAUGUCAAACAUUUUCUUAAUAUAUAGUGGACAUAAGCCAACACACGUGGGGUUUUCACUGAGAGCAUGACAGUCUCGUGAAGACGCGUCAGUGUCCUGAUCUGUCCCUAAAUGAAACAUCCCUAAAAGUAUAGAAAUGCAACACACACACACACACACACACACACUUACUUAACCAACGCCCAUAUACUCUGCACUGUAUAAAACACACACGAAAUGAAACAAAAGUCAUUUACUUGAGAUAAAGAUUCAACUUAAUCUACUAUUUGGUGUCGACCAUAUGUUGGGGAAAGAAACACAGAAUUGUAUAAAAUUGUAUGUUUGUUUGUUCCUUAUUUUUGUUUUUAAAUGAGAGAUUUACAUGUUACACAAGGCCGUUCUUUUGUUUGUUUUUUGCUCAUUUAUUAAAUUGACAAACCCUAUGGACUCGUGCUGGGGGAUCUCGUUUUAGUUUGUACCCAGUCAAAGUGAUUGUGGAUAUUUAAUUCUGUGAAGAGGCCAGCUGUUGGCUCCUCCUCUUUCUCCUUCGCCAUCCCUCUGUCUGUCGUCAGGAAAACCUGAUGACACUACAUUUGUAAAAUGCAAUCCUGAAUCCAUUCUCAUGUUUCUUACCAUGACUCCUUUUUGUCCCGUUCUCCUCUGUGUCUUUGUUUCUGAGAUGACUGAAAUGAGUUUUUCAUACUUCUCUUAAAUACGUUUCACUGCUAAGUCUUGCCAGGUGGCAAAGCUGCUAUGGGACAGCGAUGGGAGAGAAGGAACUUGUGUACAUUUAAAACAAAAGAGUGGAGAACAAAGCUGAUGUAUUUGUAAUUUGUACAUGGAUAAAUAGCUUUUUUUUCUAUGAAUUCAUAAACAAUGUACAUUAAACCCCUUGGUAUUAAACCACAAAUUGUGAUAUUUAA